AUGAGUUAAUCAUCUAAAUUGUCACUUUCUACUCUCAAGGGUUAACAGCCAUUGUUCCCUACUAUUUCAUAUAAAACUUCUGAGUCUCCUUCAAAAGAUUUGGUUCCCCUCACUAAUUAUAUGUUAAUUGAAUAAAAGUAGGAUAAAAUAAAUGCUAAUCGAAUGAAAAGUGGUAAUUAGCUGAAAAAUGAGAGAGUAGGAACUAUCUCUAAAUAUCUUCGUUAAUUAGCACUCAUGAAGAAAGGUUUUAACCAAGAUAUAUCUAAAAUAUAAGACAAGGAUAAAAUAACUGAUUCCAAGGAUACAAUUUUAAAUUCUGAGGAAUCUACUUCGUCUUUUCAUCACUUAAAGAAAAUCGAUGAUAAAUUCCGCAAAUAAAGUAUUUAAGUUAUCAUAUAAAUAAUUAGUGUUUUAAAGGAUUAGUAAAUCAUGUAAAGAUCUUACUGUUUAAGGUAAUUUUGACAGCUAAAUGCAAAAUCAUAGCAUUGUUGAAUUAGACUAAGAGCAAGAAAUUUGCGAAGGCAAUAUUUCUCCUUAUAUUAAGAAUUAAAUAAAUAUCUCACCAAAUUUAUAUAAUAAUUUCAUACAUAAUAAAAUUUAAAAGUUAUCACCAUAAAAGUAAUAAAAUGUAUUUAAUUACUAUAAAUUUAGGUUGUGUUGGACUUUAGUCAAUAAAAUAAAGAUUUUCGAGAAAAGAAUUCCCAAAUUAUAUAAAUGAUUAGGAAUGUUCAGCAACAUAUAUCAAAACAAAGGGAGGAGGAAAGACAAAAUUUGGAAAAAGAUUAUAAAAUUUAAAAAGUUCAAAGACAAAAAGAAAGAAAAGAAGGAUUGCACAAUGCAUAAGUAGGUUUGAAGGAUCGAAGAUUAAAAUUAUUGUUAAAUGCUCUUAAAGGAUCUUAGAGUAAGUAGAAUUAAGAUCCUUUAGUAUUAAAUAUUAAAAAAAAAUAAGAUAUUAAAGGGAACUAAUCAACAAUUAUAAGUAGAAAGAGUUCCUUUUAAUAUUAUAACUUAAAUUGUAUUACUGACAAAUAAAAUGAUGAAAAAAUGAUGAGAAAAUUUUCUUAGGUAUCUGAUAUUUGUAGUUCUGAAACCUCAUUAGGCUCAAAUUGUUAUAUAUGUAAUAAAUUUAAAAUAUUCUGUAGAAUUUCCCAGAAAACUUUCCAAAGGCACUUGA